GCCCAUCACCACCUUCCCUUCCCGAAAUUCUCUGCAACCAAACACAAACUCUCGACGGAUCAAACCGUCCAUCACCAACUCCGAACCCAAAACCAAAACCCCACCACACCUUCAAUGUUUUCCACCCUUCUCACAAAUGGGGUUCCCUCAAAAUCUCACCUUUCUCAUCCCCACCUCCCCAAAACCCGUUUCCCCCAUUUCCCAAUCCGCUCCGGAAUCCGCGAAAUCCGAGACAGAAUCAACAGCGUCAAAACCACUCAAAAAAUCACCGAAGCAAUGAAACUAGUCGCCGCCGCCAGAAUCCGCCGCGCACAAGAAGCCGUUAUCAACGGCCGACCCUUCUCCGAAGCCUUCGCCGAAGUCCUCCAAUCCAUCAACCAACAGCUCCAAUCCGACGAUGUCGAAGUUCCUUUAACCGCCGUUCGACCCGUCAAAAACGUCGCCCUCGUUGUCAUCACCGGUGACCGUGGCUUAUGCGGCGGUUUCAAUAACUCCGUUGCCAAAAAAGCAGAAGCCAGAGUUGACGAAUUGAAGAAACUUGGUAUAGGUUGCGUUGUUAUCAGUGUUGGUAAAAAGGGUAAUUCUUAUUUCAAACGUAGGAGUUUUGUUGAAGUUGAUAGAUUCAUUGAAAACCGCGGUUUUCCGACGACAAAAGAUGCUCAGAUUAUUGCUGAUGAUGUUUUCUCACUUUUUGUUAGUGAGGAAGUUGAUAAAGUUGAACUUGUUUACACAAAGUUUGUUUCUUUAGUUAGGUUUAAUCCAGUGAUUCAAACAUUGUUACCAUUAUCGAAAAAAGGCGAAGUCUUCGAUGUGAAUGGGAACUGCGUCGAUGCGACCGGAGAUGAGUUUUUUAGGUUAACUUCCAAGGAUGGAAAAUUGGCUUUGAAGAGAGAUGUUGUGAAGAAGAAAUCGAAUGACUGUGUUCCUAUUAUGGAAUUUGAACAGGAUCCUGCUCAGAUUCUUGAUGCGAUGAUGCCGCUUUAUUUGAAUAGUCAAGUUUUGAAGGCAUUGCAAGAAUCAUUGGCUAGUGAACUUGCUGCUAGAAUGGGUGCUAUGUCUAAUGCGACUGAUAAUGCUGUUGAGUUGACUAAGAAUCUUUCUGUGGUUUAUAAUAGGGAAAGGCAAGCUAAGAUUACUGGUGAGAUUAUGGAGAUUGUGGCUGGAUCUGAAGCAUUGACACCAAUUGAUUGAUCUGGUUUUUUAGAGGUUUGUAAUGUUGAGAGAAUACUGAGAUUCUGAUUAUUGUUGUUGUUAAUAUGGACAGCAUAUGAGAUGAUAGAGUUUUCUUUACAAAUAGGUUGUUGAAAGAUGAUUGAUCAAGAGAUAUAGAAUCUAGGUUGGGGAUUUUGACCCCAAAUUCAUUUACUUGUGGUUCAAGGAAAAUGAUUUGGUUUGCUUUAUUGUUUCUUAUUAUUAGUGGCUGUACAUUUGUAGUUGCAUCAUGCUUGUUACCAAGGCUGUUUUUCGGUUGUGCAAGAUGACAUUUAAGUUUUCA